CACGAUAUGAGUCCAGCAAGGCCCACGAUUGUUAAUUUCCCUCCAUUUCGCCGCCUUCUCCAUCAACUCGUAUAUUUUCCACUUCCAGUCUCAGCUUCCUCUCCAGCCCGAAAUGGCGACGGAGGAGAACAGUAGUAAAAUCGCGAGGAGGACAGAGCCGGGAAUCGGCGAUGAUGAAGACAGGCUCAGCUCGUUACCGGACCAAGUCCUCUCCCACAUCCUCUCUUUUAUGGAAACCAAGUACGCCGUCGGCACCGCAGUUCUCAGCCGACGGUGGGAAGAUCUCUGGACUAGGGUUUCCAUUCUCGACCUCGACAGCCGCUUGAUUUACGAGUCCCUGAACAAAGAGGAGGAGGAGCUAGAACCUGCUUCAGAAGCAGUUUUAGAGAGGAGGGAAUCGGAGUUCUGCCGCUUCGUUGACAAGGUACUGGGCCAGCACAAGAAUCUCAAUUCUCUUACUCGUUUCCGCUUCCAUUUCUCAAAUGGGCACCGAAAGGUGCUUUCCGAAACUAGGUUUAAGAGGGAAUUCGUGUUUGGUCCUCCAAUGGAGGAGAUUGAUGUCAUGAUCCGCGGUAAAAGUAAAUUCGGAAUUCCCCUAUGUAUGCGCUGCAUUCCAGAGAGCUUCUACACUUUGAGGAAUCUGAAAGUUGCCAAGCUUUCGGGGGUUAUGCUGGGUGCAAUAAACCAGUCUGCUCUUCUUCCAAGUGUGAAGAUUUUACGGCUUUAUCGUGUCGAAAUGAAGGACGGUGAAUCAUUAGACAGGCUCCUUUGUGGUUGCCAUGUCUUAGAGACUCUUCAUCUGAAGAAUUGCCGCCUCUCUGACAAGAAUGAGGGAGAUCGAAUCGAGGUUUCCUUACCAUUGUUGAAGAACUUGAAAAUUAGCCAUUAUGCCAUAUGGGAUGGUCCAAUGUGUCCCAUUGUUAUUGAAGCGCCAAAUCUCGAAGAUCUUUAUGUCGAGGAUUUCGCAGAGUUGCAGUUGAAUGGCACAAAUCCGUUGCCAUGCCUUCAUUCAGCACAUGUAGAUGUACAGGUCGAGAGUUAUAGUGCCGUGAUUCGGCUCCUCUCUCAAAUCUCCAAUGCAAAGAAACUGAAUUUAUCCGGGGUGACUCUGAGUCUUUUGUCAGCUGUCGAUUAUGUUCAACUGCCUGUCUUCCCCAAUUUGACACACUUGACAAUCGAAAUCGGGGAAUUCCAGGGCAGUAUCUGGCACUCUUUGCUCAAGUCAGCCUCCAAACUACAAUCGCUCGUCUUUGAUAAGGAGAAAACCAGUGGAGUAGAGAGAAUGAGGUGGGAGGAUUUCGAAACUGCUAGCACGCCAGAGUGUUUGUUAUCAAGUCUGGAAGAAAUCAAGAUCAAGGAUCUUGCAAUUUAUCCAGGAGUGAAGAAAAUCAUAGCAUAUUUGCUCGGGGCUGGAGCUGUUCUGAAGAAGGUCAAUAUGCACCCAAAUGGUACCUAUCUUAAACUGAAGGGUCACAAAGAUUUCGUGCCGCUACUGGAACUUCCAAAAAGAUCGAGUGCUUGCGAAGUCGAGCUUAUAUUUUUUGACGACGAAGAUUUCAGCAGGGAUAGCGAUGCUGAGAGCAACACCAGCGACGACAACGACGGAGAGGAUGUUUUUCUUUGAAGCAUGUUGGUGGGCAACAAAGGAGGCUCUGAAAUCACAUGAUGAAACUUGCUCUAUACUCUCUUGUUGUCUUGGGUUGUUUCAGAAGCUCUAAGUUUAACUAGACAUGGAAUGUUAGAUAAACAUGGAAGGAUUUAUCACCAUGUUUGUCACUCUAAGAGAAAAACAUUUCAGUCGAAUACAAUUCUGUCGAUGGCCACCAAGAAACUCACAAUAGUAAUAUACAACUAAUUAAUAC